CUUAGAAAUCUCAAGGCUACGGCGCCAACUUCAGUGCUUAGUGCUAACGGUCGGUUCACAGGAAAUUUUGUACAAAACGUGAUAAUUGAGCGGCUAUAACAAAUAAAGCGGCGAGACUAUAAUUUGUGGGCGAAUCAAUCAGUUAUAAGAUAAUAGAUCUCGGAUUUUAACGCGAAAGACUUCCACCCAUCUGGCUAAAUAAAUUUCUGGCAUUAUAUCUGAUAACAACCCCAUAUAUAAUUCCUAACUAAGUCAAAUUACGACAAUUAUUUCGAACUGGAUAGUUAAAGCACCAGUGACACUGGCUGAAGCUAAGUACUACAUCCCAGUAAGAAAUCCUUCAGAUGGAUGAACGCUUUACUACGGCGUUGUCUAUAUGGAUCCAUAAACCUCAGGUUGUACAUAAAGAUGUAUUUGCUUCAUCCGUUGUAUCCGAAACUGAUGAAUCCUGCGUAAGAUUUAUCUAUCCGAAGCUCCGUACUGGGAUCAGUGAAUUCACUGAAGUUUGUUCCAAAGGAUCAGCUUAUAAGUUUUCAUCGAUCUCCAUAACUUACAUUAUCGAGGAAACAAAUGGUCGCAUUCAAGUUUCCGUCUUGGAUGAGUCUCCUGGGUUUCUUCAGAGUUCUUGGCUGAAAGACGUCCUUGAACAGAAGCUUAAUCUUUGGUAUUCUUGUGAUGCAAAAGUUAAUAUUCCUUCCCUCUCACUAAUUGAUUGCCGUUUAUAUCAAUUGCAAUACGAACGCUUGAAAAAUACCUAUGGACCUACUCUAGUUAAGAACUGGUCGGAGAAAACAGACCCAAUGAAAUUCGUGUAUGAAGAUAUUGGCAUAGCUUGCUACCUCAUAUGUUUAUGGAAAAAUGAACAUGUUAAUUUCGUCGAUCUUGGUUGUGGAAACGGAUUGUUGACGUACAUACUUUCGUCGGAAGGAUUCACUGGCAUAGGAAUAGAUGUACGUAGAAGGCACAUUUGGAAGUCUUAUCCACUAAGUGUACAACAACGUUUAAAGGAAAUUUCGUUAAAUCCAGAAGAAGUUUGUGGGUUUCCACAAGCCAAUUGGCUAAUUGGGAAUCACAGUGAUGAACUUACACCUUGGUUGCCUAUACUGGCAUGUAAAAGUGGACCAUCAUGCAAGAUAUUUGUUUUACCAUGUUGUCCUUACAGUCUUUUUGGAAAAUUCAAUAUCCCGAAAAGUUCACUUUCAUUUUUACCUGACGACAUAAAUGUCAAACAGAUAACAGAAAAUAGUCGAUAUGGUACAUAUCUUAAUUAUAUACAACACAUUUUUGCCAUUUGCAGAUUUAUACCUGAAGUUGAUGCGCUCAGAAUACCAUCAACCAAACGUAUAUGUAUUGUUGGUCGAGAUAUAAUCGAUUCAAAGUGUUUUGAAAAUAAUGAGCACUCAAAUCGUUUGUCUGCUGUCAAUAAAUACAUUGAGUACGAACGUGAUAUUACUUCAAAGCCUAACAAAACGUUUGUUGCACGUCCACCCACAGAGGUUCCCUGUAACUGUACAAGAGUUUCGAAAUUUGUUCUUGACAAAAUAUCACAUACAGUUUUCAAAGCCUUAUUAAUCUGUAAACCAGAUAAAUAUCGUUUACAAUCCCAUAAUCUUAUGCUUUCUGAUGAUUUAAGAAUAAGAACUUUGGACAAUCGUUGGUGGAAUCCUGGUGGUACAUUAACUUUAUCAGAGUGCAGUGAACUUGUAUCACUAGAGGAUAUGAAAUUAUUAAAAUCUCAGCAUGGUGGUUUGCAAACUGUCUUGAGGAAUCACCAUCAGUGUUUUCGAACUAUCAAAAACACCGUUCAGUUACGUUGGUUACCAGAUAAGAUGGCGAAGCUUAAUGAUUCUGGAAUUCCGUUAUUCAAUAACAAAAAUGGGAAGAAUCGUAAAACAAAACUCUGCUGGAUGUCACUUAACCAUCCAGAUGGUUGUCCAUACACUUCUGAAUUGUGUGACUUUGCCCAUUGCGAAAAAGAAAUCCUUAUAAAAAUCGGUUCCAUGAAACAAUAAACAACAAAGCAUUUUCAAC